CAUGACCCUUCAAAAAUAGAAUGAUCAUAUAGAAUAAAUUUAUUAAAGUGAAGGUAAAACUUAGCUUAUUUUUGAUUAUACAACUAUGGAAGGAGGAAAUUAUUAAUUUUGUUUUGAAGAUAAACUUGGUUUGUAUAAUGAAAUUUAUUUGGAAUAUUUAAUUGGAAUUGAAGCUAAUGAUAUGCAUGAAAUAGCUUAAAAGUAAGAUUUAGCUCUUGUAUAAGAAACACUCAAUAAUAUUUAAGCCAAAUUGUAAUUUAUGAAACAAUAGUUGAUAAUUUUCUCUUAAGUUAAAUUAGAAAACAUUUUUAGUUUAGAGAGCUUAUAUUCUUAUAUUGUCUAAGCUGAUAUAAUUGGGAUUACUAUUUUUGCAGUUGUAAUUAUAAUAGAAGUGUAUGUUUUGAAAAAAAAGAUAUUAAUGAAAAAAAUAUAAUGA